GCUCUGCUUUCAUUCUUUUUGCAUCACAUCGCAAAUCCAUGGCUAAAGAGACCUUCCCAAAAUGCUGCCGCACUAAGACUCGACGGUACCGGAUAUAACGUAUAGUGGUGACACGGCUCCAACCAAUUCUUUCUGGUAAAUUGUCGCCUUCAUGCCCCACACUGCACAAUCUCUUGAAGGAAUUUCUCUGAAAUUGUUAUUACAAAUAGCCGGACAUUGAAAGCACGCUUGUUGGUUGGUUGUUUUUUCAACCUGCAUUCCAUCGCAUGGUGUUUUGUGUAUUGGGUCCUCGUAGUGGUUGUCCUGAGGUGUCCUUCUUCUUGGGCUUGGUUCCACCCUUGUCCUUGAAGCGUUUUUCGGCGGCAGCAGCUCUAGCAGCCCGUUGUCGUUCUCGUUCUUCUGGUGUCAGAUUGUCAUCAUACACUGGUUCUGGUACAGCAUCUUUGUGAGCAGUCAAAGGCGUUGUGGGAGUGGGUCUGGCAUCAUCUACCGAUCCCAAGCGAUGUCCCUUGAAGCAAGCAGGUUAUCGGAAUACAUGUAUAUUGUACGUGAGUGCCUACCAACACAUACUGUACAUAACUUCACACUUCCAAAAAGACACUCUACUCUAUUUACCUCUCCUUGAAAGGCCGAAGGGUUUGCGCCUCCUCCUUUUUCGCAGCAAUUUCCCAUUGCAGAGGAGCAACAAGCAACAAUCGAGAGGGCGAAGGCAACAGAUUGUUUGGAAAAUGAAGCACUUUUGCAGCGCCUUCGAUCUGGUCGCAAAGGACCUCUACUAGUCUACCGGUAGCUUCCAGUGCUAGCUAGUCUACCGUACAUGUACUAGUAGCUACUAGGUUUGCCCCCCCCUUCCAAAUUCACAACUAGCUACCGGUAUCUAGCUUCGGUACCGUAGGCCCCCCUAGUUUGUUUUCUCAAAGCUGUGGAGCGGAGCUACUCUUGGUGAACACGUGACGCAAAUAUUUGUCAAUUCGUGACUGAGCAUUGUCAAUUACCUUCUCUUUGCUGAAUGAAUAAUCUUCGACCAUGGCGAAACCAUCUAAGUCUAGUAGUAGUGUUGAUGCCAAGCACCAUGGAGGCACUGUUGAUACCUCCCAAGGCGAUCUGUCAGCUCCUGAGCGCCCUGUCAGCCAGUAUGACUUUGCUACCAUGUAUGAAGAGUGGUAUCUGCUGCAACAAAAAGUCAAUGACAACAACAAUGACGGUCCACAAAGCUAUUUCGCCGCAUUGGCUGCCCGAGCAGGUCGAAUGGGAAACAUCCAGAGUGCCAUUAUGAACAAGGGGCCUGCCGAGAAUUCAGGAUUUCUGCAGGGAAUGCUCCAAAUGAUGCAGUUGGAAGACGAGCCAAAUCUGCCAGCGGCAUUAGUGCAUGUACCUGUGACUCCUUCUGCUGCGGAAAGUAUCCAAUUGGACCAGAACAGACGAGUCGAAGUGGAUAUGGACGCCUUUUUUCAGGAAUAUCCUGAAUGCAUGCGAUCCAAGGAAGAGUAUUCAUAUGAUGAUGAUGACAGUGAUGAUUACCACAAUGAAAGUGGAAGCAGUGAAGAAGAGAUCAUUGAUUUGCAACCCCAGAAAAAAGUGCUGAAAACAACCAAGGAGAUUGCCAUACAGACAGACUUUCAACCGACUCGAGAAGAUGGAGCAACCAAUUCGUUCCUUUACUCACAACAGAGCAAUAAUCCAGCAGUGCAGCAACCCCCAACAAAGCCAGAACGGCACAAUCCCUACAAGAAACCAAACAGCAAUAGCAAUGACAACGCCUUUUACUCAUUGGUGCCUCCCACACAAUUCCAACAACAACAAUCAGCCCCGGAAAACCCAUUUGUGUCUGCCAUGGAAUUCGCCAAAACCAGUGGAAAUACUGCGCAGCAAAACCACACUCAACAGCAACAAACUGCUUUCCAAUGUGCUCCGGCGGAUGGGGCAGAAAUGGAAGAAUCCGACAACCCCAUUUCCAAUGCACCGAACAUUCGGGACUCUCUCCGACGAAAGUUCCAGCCUCCCAAAAUGAACGCCCAGUCCAAGGGGAAUACCAGCUCCUCCAACAAUCGACAGAAAGGUGUCGCCCAAAAGAUUAGUGGCAAAGCAGUGGCUGGUGGUGGCGGCACCAAACAUGACAAUGAGGAUGACGAAGAAUUGCCAGAGGAGUUGAAACGAUUUGGAAAAGAUCUUGUCGACAAGAUUGAAAGCGAGAUUAUGGACAAUGGCGAACCCAUUACAUUUCAUGAUAUUGCUGGGCUCGAGGAUGCCAAAGCAACCAUCCAGGAAAUCGUUUGUUGGCCCAUGCUACGACCAGACCUAUUCACGGGGCUGCGUCGCACACCCAAUGGUUUGCUCCUGUUUGGCCCCCCUGGUACUGGGAAAACUCUUAUUGGGAAAGCAAUCGCACACGAAAGCAAAGCCUGCUUCUUCUCAAUCUCGAGUUCCUCCUUGACCAGCAAGUGGAUUGGCGAAGGAGAGAAGCUGGUUCGAACCAUGUUCGGGGUAGCAGCGUAUCGUCAACCAUCUGUGGUGUUCUUGGAUGAAAUUGAUAGCUUGCUCACACAACGAAAGUCAGAUGACAACGAAUCCAGCAGAAGAAUCAAAACGGAGUUCCUCGUGGGCCUCGAUGGAACGGGAACUAGCUCUCAGGGCCGAGUACUUGUCAUUGGGGCGACCAAUCGUCCUCAGGAACUUGAUGAAGCCGCCCGGAGACGCUUUGUCAAGCGGCUUUAUAUCCCAUUGCCAAAUGCAAAGGACAGGGCUUGCCUGCUCAAGGUGCUGUUGGAAAAGAACGAGAACACACUUUCUGGCCAGGAAAUCGAAAAACUAGCCAGAGACACCGACGGUUUCAGUGGAGCUGACUUGAAAGCCCUCAGCAGUGACGCAGCAAUGGGGCCACUUCGUCAGUUGGGUCCAAGUGCAUUGAAAAUGGAGUUGAAAGCGUUGCCUGCCAUUUCAUACAAGCACUUUCGAAUAUCUCUACGGAGCAUGAACCCCAGCGUGGGACCUGAGGACAUUGGACAUUACGAGAUCUUCGAUAAGGCGUUUGGGUCGAAGAGGGCCUCGAUGGACCUGGAAGAUGACGACGAAGAGGACUAACUGCAUACAGACUAGUACUAGUGCUGCUCACAACACGGUAGGUUUGGGGGAUCGC